CAGGGCCAGGCAAUAGUGCUUGGUAGUUCUGUCUUUCAUGUAUAAAAACUUGAAAGUCAAAUCAUGGAAAUUUACGAGUCCAACCUCCGAAGUGUAUAUUUUUCCCACUGUUGUGGCGCUGCUUUAGUCUUUGUUCUUCAUUUACGAUCAUCUCUUCUGUUUUCACAAUUUUAAGCAAUUUUUUAUUCCUCCAAGCCUGAAUACUUCAUUCUUCUUCUUGUUGUUGUUAAUUCUUAUCUUCUCCGACCAUGCAUUCACAUUCUCAGAUGAAGCCCAGCUCCAAGAACCCACGGCAGAGGAGUUGGGCUGAAAUCAUGUGUUGUUUGGAUUAUUGGUCCUGCAUACAGCUCUUCUGGCCAAGAGUCGUCAUGCGCAAGUGGCUCAACAUCCCCGCCAAAGAUUCCGAUUACAGCGCCGACACGGAGGACGAAGACGACUGUGACGCCGACUCCGACACCCAAGAGUUUUAUCAACGGGGAAGAGAUUCGAGGUUUAAAGAUAUCAAAGAAGAUGAGACUGAGAGUGAUGAUGCUAUUGACGAUCUUCCAAGGGCACGAAGACGAAUGUCAGAGACUUUUAGGACACAGUAUAUAAACACAAAGGAAUUCAGAGUAUUUGCUACAACAUGGAAUGUUGGAGGACAAAUUCCACCCGAUGACCUGGACAUUGAUUGUUGGUUAGAUGUCAAUGAGCCAGCUGAUUUCUAUGUGAUUGGUCUUCAGGAGAUUGUACCAUUAAAUGCUGGGAAUAUCUUUGGUGCCGAAGAUAGCCGCCCAAUUACUAAGUGGGAAAACAUUAUUCGUGAAACACUGGAUAGAGUUCGACCUGCGAUGAGCAAGGUUAAAUCCUUCAGUGAUCCUCCAUCUCCAUCAAAGUUUAAGCCAGCUGAUGACAUCCCUGAUAUAGAAGAGGAGAUCCUACUUGAAAGUGAUAGUGAUAUUGGUGAAGAAGUCCAUCCAUUGGAUGACGAAACCAUAAAUUCUGGUGACAGCAAGGGUAUAUCAGUCACAAAUGAAAUAGUGAAUAUUGGUUCUCAAGUUCAAGAAUUUACUGAUAAUAGCAAACCAGGCAUGCCAACCGGACAGGAUUUACUGAGGCAAAGUUAUCCUGCAAAGAGAUUGAAUAGGUUAUAUAGCCUUCGGACAGAUGAUUGUUCAUUAGAUGAUGAAGCAACUUCUGGUGUCCAAUUUAAUGGCAAGUUAACCAGAAUGCUUAGUGGAUCUGAAAGGAUUGGUUUGAGCUGGCCGGAGCCUCCAUUAAACUUGCUAUCUCAGCACUUACUAGAAAGACGGAAUUCCUUUCGAACAAUGAAGUCUUUCAAAUCCCCAAAAUCUUUGAAAACGUACAAUUCUUUCAAGUCAACUGUUAAUGAUGUGCCAUCAGAAAUAGCAUUGCUUGCAGAGGUUGAUCUUGAAUCUCUCAUGAAACGAAAAAGAAGAUCAUCCUAUGUAAGGAUUGUAAGCAAGCAGAUGGUCGGGGUUUUCCUAACUGUAUGGGUUCGUAGGAGGUUGCGUAAACAUAUUCAGAACGUUAAGGUGUCUACUGUUGGUGUUGGUGUUAUGGGAUACAUUGGUAACAAGGGAUCUAUAUCUGUCAGCAUGUCUGUGUAUCAGACGCUUUUUUGUUUUGUGUGCACUCACCUGACAGCAGGUGAGAAAGAGGCAGAUGAAAUAAAAAGAAAUGCUGAUGUGCGGGAAAUACAUCGGAGAACUCACUUUCGUACGUUUUCCAGUAUUGGGCUUCCCAAGACUAUCUAUGACCAUGAAAGAAUAAUUUGGUUGGGUGAUCUAAAUUAUCGUCUUAAUUUGUCAUAUGAGAAAACACGAGAUCUUAUCUCCCAAAAGGCGUGGUCCACGUUGGUUGAGAAGGACCAGCUUGCAAAACAGCUUAAAAAAGGCCGUGCAUUUGAUGGAUGGUCAGAGGGUGUUCUAAAUUUUCCACCAACGUACAAGUAUGAGAUCAAUUCAGAGAAGUACUGUGGGGAGGAUGCAAAGACCGGGAGGCGAACUCCAGCAUGGUGUGACCGCAUUCUUUCAUAUGGACGAGCAAUGAGGUUACUGAGUUAUAGAAGGGCUGAACUUAAACUUUCUGAUCAUCGGCCAGUGACUGCCACAUAUGCAGUUGAGGUUGAGGUGUUUUCUCCUAGGAGGCUACAACGGGCCCUCACAUUCACUGAUGCCGAGAUUGAAAAUGAGGACACCGUAAUGGAUAUGGGUAUUGAUGUUGGAGUGAACUGCUUAAAAUUGGAACAGGAUAUUUCUGGUUGGGAGCGUUAAUGGAUGCGAAAAUUCGGUGCGAGUUGGUAAAACUUGUGAAAUUUCUUACGUUUACAUUUACGGGGAACAUUCAUUCUUUGGCGAGAUUAAUUUGUCAGCACUCAACAGUGAUGCAUGUUGCAGUUAGAUGUAAAUAUUGUAAGGGAUUUUGCGCAUUCGUCUGAGAGCAUAUUUAAUCGAGUUGAGUCGGGUCGAGUUGAGCUGAGUUGAGUUGAGUUGAGUCGUAGAGAGUAUAUGUUGUACAGUAAAGUUGGAUAAUUAGGAAAAGGAUCCUACCAUGGGGAUUCGGGGGAUAUUGUAAUCAUAUUCGUUUAUCGUAUAUCG